UCACUCCAUCAAACCGUCACUCCGUCAAACCGUCACUCCGUCAAACCGUCACUCCGUCACUCUGUCACACCGUCACUCCGUCACACCGUCACUCCGUCACACCGUCACUCCGUCACUCCAUCACACCGUCACUCCGUCACACCGUCACUCCGUCACACCGUCACUCCGUCACAUAGUCACUCCAUCAAACCGUCAAACCGUCAAACCGUCACUCCGCCACACCGUCACUCCGUCACACCGUCACUCCGUCACACAGUCACACCGUCACACCGUCACACCGUCACUCCGUCACACCGUCACACCAUCACUCCGUCACAUCGUCACACCGUCACUCCAUCACACCUUCACACAGUCACUCCGUCACACCGUCACUCCGUCACACAGUCACUCCGUCACACCGUCACUCCGUCACACAGUCACUCCGUCACUCCGUCACACAGUCACUCCGUCACACCAUCACUCCGUCACACAGUCACUCCGUCACACCAUCACUCCGUCACACAGUCACUCCGUCACACCAUCACUCCGUCACACAGUCACUCCGUCACACCCCCGUCACUCCGUCAACCUUCAAACCGUCACAAACUCCGUCACUCCGUCAAACCGUCAACCUUCACAAACCGUCAAACCGUCAAACCGUCACUCCGCCACACCGUCACUCCGUCACACCGUCACUCCGUCACACAGUCACACCGUCACACCGUCACUCCGUCACACCGUCACACCAUCACUCCGUCACAUCGUCACAUCGUCACACCGUCACUCCAUCACACCGUCACACAGUCACUCCGUCACUCCGUCACACCGUCACUCCGUCACACAGUCACUCCGUCACACCAUCACUCCGUCACACAGUCACUCCGUCACACCAUCACUCCGUCACACAGUCACUCCGUCACUCCGUCACUCCAUCACACAGUCACUCCGUCACUCACUCCAUCACACUGUCACACCGUCACUCCGUCACAUUGUCACACAUUCACACCGUCACAGUCUGGAUAUGAAAUACGAAACUAACACCUGCUCGUAA